AUGGCUUUAGGUUUCACUUCAUCUUCAUCGGCAAGCAGCUCGUCAACUUCAACGGCCUCUGCCUCCACAGCAUCUUCGUCUUCAUCCCCGUCAGAUAACAAUGCUGGAAUUCCUUCUAAAGGAGCUAGCUAUUUCUUUGGUUUCCUCAUCACAUUCAUCGUCCUCUUGGCCUUCUUUAUUUGCUGUGGGUUUGGUACAAGGAGAAACAUGGCGCGAAGGAGAGCUUUAUUAGCCUGGGGACAAUGGGACUCUGGAUCUGUUAUUGGCCUCGAAGGGCAACUUGAUUCUUCGGACGUGCCUGCCUUAUUCGAACCGCGGUUUAUGAAGAGUGAUAGUGAUACUUUUUGGCUUUCAGUACAGCCGCUAACCGCUCAGACACUCACGAUCUCGUCCGCAUCAAUCCAUCCAUGUCAUGACACUACACGACCUCUGCCUCCACCAUCAUCACCCGGGCUACCACCAAUCCGUCUCCCUUCGCAAAAUCCUCACGCAUUACAUGGCUUAUCCCUCCCUGCAUGGAUACCCGCCACCUCUCUUAACUUGAGUUCUAAUAAUGGCGUUGGGAACGAGAAGAGAAAUGGGAAAGGUGUCUCCAAACCGACAAACACACAAAACGAUGUUACUGUUAUGCAGGUCGCCGUAGUGAUUGAGAUGCCCAGUCGGCCGAGAACAGAAAAAGGGGACGAAGACGGUGUUCAACAGAACUUGGUGAUUGGAGUUGCAUGUGAAGCUUGGGACUCGUCGGCACAUAUACAUGUCGCUGAAGGAGCUCUAUCAUAG